AAAGCCCUUUCAUGACCUGCACACUGGUGCACUCACCCAGGCGGAGGUGUGGCCUCCAUGGCCUAUGCACACACGUCACAGGUGGGCAGGAGACCCACAUGUCUUCAGGUAGUUCUGUAGGGGAUGGGUGGGAGCGUCAAAUGAGCAGCAGCCUGGAGCCUCAUCUGGACCUCCCGCACGCUCACAUAUUACACACACAUGCUGACAUACACACAGACUUACAAGCACAUGCAUACACGGGCACACAUGGGCUUGUGCAAGCAGACAUACACUCUUACAUAGAUACUCUCAUCUGUGCACACAAACAGGCACGCACAGGCAUGCACACAUGCAGACACAUUAUACAUGCACAUAGGCGCUUGUACACAUGCCCACUUUCCCAGGUGCCCACAUUCAUACUCUCAUGUGUGCACACCCAGACUCACUGGUUCAGACCUGUCCCAUGGCAAACAGGAGUUCUGGGCUAGGGUCGCCUGUGUCUAUGGCCCUCACUUGUGUGUCAAGCUAUAUCAUGCUAGCCGAACAGGCCCUCCUCCCUCCCCCUUUUCCCCUCCUCUCCCUCUCUGCUCCCUCCCUGGCUCCCACCUCACUCUCAAGGAGCCUUUGUUAGUCCCAGUGCUACAAUCUCAAUUAUGUUUAUGGCCCUGCACAUCCUAAUUACAGCACAAAAGAGAAAUUAGCGUAGAUCACACAUGCCACACCCAUGAGCCUGUGUGUCAAGGCCUGACCUGGAUUCUAGGCCCAAGUGAUUGAGCAACUUCAUGGUUUCCUGUAAACCCUGGGACAGGGCCACUUAGCCUGUCUUGAAAUGCAGCCCAUGGAGCCCAGCAGCAGUGUCACGGGGUAGGGGAGGGAACAUGGGUGUCCUGGGGGUCUCCCAACCGCCAUAGGGUGGACAGUGUCACAGGAAGUCUCUCACCCAAGGGGCAGCUGUCAGGUAUUGUACAUAUUUCUAGUGAUUGACCCUGCAGGGCAGGGUCCUUGUGUCUAGACCUGGAACUCCCACUUCUUUGCUGAAUAAUUAGAAGAAUUUUACAGUUGGAAGAAAAACGUGAGAGAAAUUUGUCAGUUUCACAGUAGCAAACACAUCUGAGAGGUGUAGGGAGGGGUUAGGGUACAGAAAGGAGUACAGGGAGGAGUGUAGGGUACAGGGAGGAGUGCAAACAGGGAUGUAGGGAGUGGUUUGGAGAGGGGUGUAGGGUGCAGGGAGUGUAGGGAAGGGUGUAAUGGGAGGGGAGGGGUACAGGGAAGGAUGUAGGGAGUGGUGUGGAAAGGGGUAUAGGGUGCAGGGAGAGGUACGGGGAGGGGUGUAGGGUGCAGGGACAGGGUGUACAAAGUGAGAAGUGCACAGGCCUCACCUCAACAUGCCGCUUUUGUUCCUAGGGGUUUCACAAUUCUGACCAGACAGGAAUAGACAUAGGUGGGUCCUUCCUGUUCUGCCUGUUCAGGGCGGUUCGGAUACUCAGCAAGGUGACACAGAGUACACAGGAGAAUACUCAGAAGGGUACUCAGAACAGUGAGGCUGUUAGUACCCAGGAGGACUUAGAUACCAGCACUGCACAGAUCUUCAGCCUUUUUACUUUUCAGUCAGCAUUUACUACCUGUGAUGUGUUGUGUUUCUGAUUAAACGGGUCUGGGAAGCCCGUGCUGGGGGGGAGACUCUUGUGCAGUGGGAGGUCCAUGCUGUGGGCUGUGAGGGAGACUCUUACUGCGGUAGGGAGUCAUAUCUGUGGGGGAACUGAUUGGCUCCAGUCUAGGGAACUUCCCCCUCUGCUGUUAGGCCACCUUGGGGCCUAGGACAAAAAUGGAGUUGGUUUUGUCCCUUCCACUGUGGGGGGGGAAGACUCUUCCGAACUACGGGAAGAACUGUUGCUUCACCGUCAUGUGGGGCAAUUUCAGCCCCCUCCCCCGCAUUUCAAGUUUACCAUGGGCAGACCCUUGGUCCCACCCUGUGCUCCUGUGGCCCCCUGAAUUCCCUGGGCUGUAGGUACCAAGCAACCUCCUCCCCUCCCCUCCCUUCCUCUCCCCUUCCCUAGGACUUGGCAAGCAGGCAACCUCAGUCCCCUUCUGGGGUCAGGGUGAGGUCACCCGAGGGCAGCAGGAUGAGGUACAACCCUACAGGACCCCAGAACACAUGGAACAGGGCCAUUGAUAUGUUCUGAAUGUUCUAAGAUCACCUAAGGGGAGCCCCUCAGGGACACCCAUGAAGUGUCCUGGGGGUUCUAAGAGCCCUCAAUAACACCUGUAACGUCUUCUGGAGGUUCUAAGAGCACCUGAGGGUAGCCCUUCAGGGAUACCCGUGAUAUGUUCUGGAUGUUCUAAACCUGCACGUGGGUGGGUGGGGCAGGGGUGCAGGUAGAGCCCAAAGGGGAGGAGCGGACUGGACUCCUAGGACCUGCUGCACAGACAGCACAGACACCCAUCUGUCAGGCGGGGAGGGGGUGACUGUGGCCAUGAGACCAGAUGUUUGAGACCAGGACCAUGGGACUUCGAGGCAGCCUGUGUGGCCAUCCCUUGCUCACCUCUCCCUCCUCCGGACAAGAGCCUCCCAAAGCCCUGUCACCCUCACCCCUCCCUCCAGAUGAGCAAGUCACUGACUGCAGGUGGCUGGAGACUAACAGCAGCCACACCCUCGCGGGGACCGACUAGCCUGGUGUCCUCCCUCAAGUCCAUUCUGCUAGUGAAGAUCCAGGGAAGACAAGGAGAGGACCGGCCUCAGCUGGGACCCUAUGGAUGGCCAGCCGAGCUGCAGCCAUGCAGACUGGAUGUCACAGUUGUGUCCGCGGCUGUGGGAUGUCCCCCUGCACCACCUGUCCAUCCCAGGAAGUCCCCAAUCUCCGGAUCAGAGUCUCGGCUGCUGCACCUACUGGGGCAGGUCGCUCCCUGCAUUAUGGGGCCCAUGGUGUUGAGAUGGUCAGUGACACAGACCCUGGACGUGAAGCAGCAGCUGGACGCAGGGGUGAGGUACCUGGAUCUGCGGAUUGCGCACAUGCAAGGCGGCUCUGAGAAGAAUCUGCACUUUGAACACAUGAUCUACACCACUGCGUUGGUGGAGGACACCCUGACAGAGAUCUCUGAGUGGCUGGAGUCGCACCCCCAUGAGGUCAUCAUCCUGGCCUGCAGAAACUUUGAGGGGAUGACAGGAGACUUGCAUGAGUACCUCAUAGACUGCAUCAAGAAUAUCUUUGGUGACUCUCUGUGUCCGCGCGGGGUGAGAAGGAUUGACAUCCCUACACUGCGGCAGCUGUGGGCGCAUGACCAGCAGGUGAUUGUGUCCUAUGAAGAUGAGACCUGUGUGGGUCACCACGCGGAGCUGUGGCCUGGGAUCCCUUACUGGUGGGGGAACCAGGUGAAGUCCCAGGCGCUGCUGCAGUACUUGGAGACCAUGAGGAGCUGCGGUCGCCCAGGAGGCCUUUUUGUGGCUGGCAUCAACCUCACAGAAAACCUGCCCUAUGUUCUCUCGCACCCAUCCGGGUCCCUGGAGAUGCUGACAAGGCCCAACCUUCGGCUCCUAAUGGCGUGGGUGCGAGCACAGCAGCCAGGGCCCGGAUCAGGCUGUACCAACAUCAUCGCUGGGGACUUCGUGGGCUCCAACAGCUUCGUGGGUGAAGUCAUUGGGCUCAACCAGAAGCUGCUGCAGUGACUACAACAAGGGUGGGGUCAGGGUAAUGGGGGUCACAGUCAAAAGGAUCAGGGAGGCCAGGGUCAGUGAUCUGUUCUGUCAUCCCCUAGAAAAACCUGAGGCCCAUAUGAGUCAGUCUGUGCCAUAUCCUGGUCACUUCUGGUCAUUAGGACCUAAGUACCAGGACAUCUCUUGUCAUACUCCAUUGUCCAUGGAGGUCACAUGACCUGCAUCACCUGGCACGAGGUGCCUCUGUUCAUUAAAACAUUCAGAAGCCAAA